CUAGCAUAUUGAGAUGUAAAAUUAUUAAUAUUGAAAAAUUUACACGUAUUCAAAGUUUUUUAUUUACCAUCAGAUCAUCCAUAAAAUGAGAUGUCAAACCACAGUAGGCCAUGUUGUACAGGAGAGUUGUUCGGCCUUGGCUUGGAUUUAAAAUGCUUGAUCUUAAUGACAUGAUCAUUGCUCAACUUAAAGAGAGAGAUGUCACAUUUCCUAACGUCAAAAAAGGUGUCCUUGUAGCUAUGGUGACUCCCGGAUCUCCUGCUGAUCGUGCUGGAUUCCAUCCUGGUGAUGUUGUCAUUGAAUUUGAUGGAAAGCCAGUUGAAUCUAUCAAGGAGAUCAUUGAGAUAAUGAGCGACAGAAUUGGAAAAGCGAUAAAGGUGGUUGUGAAAAGAGCAAAUGAUGAAACGGCCAUUUUGACGGUAGUUCCAGAGGAAGCCAAUCCAGAUAUGUGAGAUACUACAAUUCUGCUGUUUCAGGUUUUCUGUUGAUGUGUCAUAUUUAUUGCUUAUAUUAUAUUUCCAUGUUUCUGAAUCUUUGAUUUUUCAGAUCUUCAUAAAUGAUGAAUAAAAAUCUCCAAGAAGAACCAUUGUACAUUAUAAACCAAACAAAACCAGUUGGACUAAAAACCUAAAACUGCAAAAUUUCAGGUUUUUGCUUUAUCACUAGGUUAAGACUUUCUGUUAUGUCAUAAAGCUAAUACUUUACU